AUGGCAGGGAUGGAAAGCACAGCCGCUGAAGUAUCAAUGGAGAAUGACCAGCCACAAACCAAUUUCAACGAGGAAGCCGAUGACGGUGCAGGUGAUGAAGAUGGCGCCCGCGACGAGCCAAAGCCAGCUCAGAAGAAGCGUGGCAGUCGCCUCCUCCGUGAGCUGGAUGCCAAAAACAUGCUGCCAGCACCUGAGCCGCAGGAGACCAUUGAGAUGCCCGACGAUGAAGCGGACCCCAAGCCUGCUCAGGAGCAGAAGCAUACCACUCGGCAGUCGCGUCAUGGUAGGACCAAUGUGAAUUACGACAUGAAGUUCCAUCCGGAUUUCGACCGCGCGAAACGACCAGCGUGGGCGGCGAAGCGACUGUCUGGAUCCAGGUCUUUAACCCUCACCCCGGGGACUGACGAUGAGACCGACGAGGAGAGUCUACCUUCGUCGGCCAAGGAUGGCUCGGAGUCUGAGGAUCCAGCUUCUGAUGAGGAUGAUGAGGACGAUGUGCCUCUGGUCCGUGAGCCUGACCCAGGGGCGACGCGGCGGUCUUCGAGAGCGUCUGCGCAGACUCUGGUCAACUACAGUGCGAAGCACCACCCCCAGGACUCUAACCUUCCCGGUUAUCAGCACAAAGCGAGAGCACUGCGGCUCAAGCGUAAGCAGACUGGCCGGCAGUCGACAAGUACUGGCGUGCAUUCGCAGUCUCCGAUUGAAGUCGAUGAUGACGAGCCGGACGCCGAAGACGAUGCUAUCGAGGUGGCCCCGCAAGCUCCACCACGAAAGAAGCUGAGGGUGCUUGAUGACAACCGCGCAACCGAAUCGAAGGCCAAGCAGCGAUCAAGGAAACGUGCAGGCCGGGGGCGCAAGAAGGCCUCGAAGAAGAACGACACCUUCUCGGAUGCGGAUGAUUAUGCUCAGUGGGCUAUUGAGCAUUCGCAGCCGCCGCCAAACCGACUAGGGUCUCGAGAAGCCAGCCUGCAGGCAUCAGGUUCUUCGCGCGACGAUGCUGUGGAUCCUGGGGCUUCUGGAGAUGAUGGCGCGCCGCCCUCGAAUGAAGAUUCUCCUGUGGAUGAGGGCGGCGUGAAAAAGGUUUCUUCAGUGCGAGCGGAAGUUCAGAGCCUGACACCACUUUCGAUGGCCAAAAGCACACAACAAGAAAGCGCUCGAAUUAACGUCGAGCGCAGGGGCGGUGUUACCCUUCAGAGCGGUAACAUGGCGUCUUCUCGCCUAACGCAAGGUCACGAUACUGAGCGUGACCGGAGUGAUAGCCCACCACAGCCAAGCAACUCUCGCAGCGCUCGUGGAUCUUCGACCUAUGUCGAGGCCAACAUACUGCCACCAACUCCUCGACAUCCGUCAAGCACAGCAGAGCAGGAUUAUCAGCAAGCUCCUGAGUUCGCCGGGACGGACGCAGCAAAGACCAGUCAUUGGGACCCAGAGCAGGAUGACCCAGAGCAGGACGACCCCCACCCAUCGUACUUCGAGGAGGCGUUGGCCAUAACUCAGCCACGUUCACCUGAAGCCGACGAUGGCUAUGACAGACGGCGGGCAGGCGGAGAUCUACCCUACAGCGAUACUUUUGUGUCAUCCGAGUCUGACAAUGGCGCUCGUGAAGGACAGUCUCCCAGCAUGCCGUCGUCCACCAAGAGGCAGCAAUGCCAGGAUUACAUGCAAGUGUUCAUGGAGCAUAGGCCAACUCAAAACACGGACAUUGGGCUGUUUCAGCUGGAUGGUACCGGGGAUGCUACACCUCAAUCCAGCGUAUCGCAUAACCAUUUGGCGAGGGGUACAAGUACAGUCAGCAAUCUACUCAAUGAGUUUGACGUCGAAUGA